AUGCCCGCGCUCACCAUUCACGAAGCUGGGGAUCUUCUUCCGAGAACAUCACCAAAGCAAAGCUCGAUUUGGCGACUUCGCGGUGGCCUCUUUGCCAGCUCCUCCUCACCUUCAGCUCAUGAGACAUCUCUGAAAGGCCUUGCACAGACAGCCGACCCCACCAUCCCGCGCGAUACUGCCAUUGUUCCGCCGCCAUCACGAUUCGCCGCUUGCUCCGAAGUUCUUCAGGGUCCUACUCCGCCGAACCGCUCCACCACUUUCAGCAGCAUCUCAUCAGCAUCAUGCAGCAGCAGCUCUCGUCCCGACCUCAAGAAGAUCCGAAGUCAGGAGAGCAUUCGAUCUGCUGCUUCUGUACGUCCAGCCGACAUCGAUCUCUCUACCUCCUACAGCGUCGUACCGGCCCCAAAGGCGACGAAGACCAAGUUGCGUUCCAAGUCAAAGUCCAGCAAAGAGGUCGACUUCGACAGAGUCUUCCUUGCUCAGGAGCUCCACGCUCCGCACCCUACCUCUAACUCAGGGUCCAUCGGUAGGUCUGGAUCAGAGGCGAUCAGCCCGCCGCUACUUCAGUCAGAGUUUCCUUCCAACACAAGUCCAGAGAGUCGACGCAAGCGGGCCAGCUGGGUGCCUCGGCGUUCCACAUCGCCUCACGCUGUCCACGGCCGCCGAUCCACAGAUCUUGUGAGCUACCUGCCCCGUGCUAGCCUCACACGUAGCUCUACUGACCAUCUUGACGGCAACUCCCAAGCUCAGCAUGCAGAGGCCUUCCCCGAAAGAGGUAGAGUCAACCGUCAGCUCAGCACCAGCAGCCAUCACACCACCAACUCCUCCGCUGCGACUCACUCUACCUACUCCAGCGACGUUGUUCCUCCGAAAUCACCCAUGCUGGCUAUCACAAACAUUUCAGGCGAACUGGACACUGUUGAGGAAAUCAAGACCAAGAGAAGCAAGUCGGCAACACCAAAGUGCAAGACGUACGCGCUGCAGUUCUCACUCGACGGACGAUACCUUGCUGCUGCGGGUUCGGAUCAUUUGAUCCGUGUCUACGAGGUCAUCGCCUCCCACAACGAGCGUGCCGAAGAGAUUGAGCUCGCUCAGCCACAACGUACAGAAGACUUUUGUACUCGCAAACUUUCAGCAGCGUGCCCCACGUCUUCUGUCUCUUCUAGGAGCACCACGAAGAGUGACAUCCGCACUGGUACCCCGGACUUCGCUCCUGUCUUCAGAUCUGUGCCCGUGCGAGUCUUUGCAGCACACAGCGGCGACGUUUUGGAUCUGUCAUGGAGCAAGAACAACUUCCUCCUCAGUUGCAGCAGUGACAAGACCGCAAAACUCUGGCAUCCAAACCGCAGCGAAUGUCUCUGCACUUUCGCCACCGCAGCUACGGUCUCUUCGGUCGACUUCCACCCUACUGACGAUCGCUUCUUCGUCACUGGUGGGCUUGACGGCAAGCUGAGAUUGUGGAAUAUCACUGCGCGUCGCGUUCAGUCUGUCCAUGACAUCCCUGGCGUCAUCACCGCUGUCGCCUUCUCGUCCAGUGGUCAGGUUGUCUGUGUCGGAACUCACUCAGGCUCGAUGAUCACCUUCUCCUGCUCUGACACGCUCGCCUAUGUCAACACUGUCACUGUCAAGUCUGCCGCUGCCAGCAAAAGCACUCAAGCCAGUAAGAUCACCAGCAUUCACCCGAUCAAGCUUGGCUCUUCUUCCGCCACCCAGGGCCCUUCCACUCCAACUGGCGAGGCCGGCCGUGGCCCAUCUUCGGCGGAGGCCGAAUACAUGACAGUCACAUCCAACGACUCUCGUAUUCGUAUUUACUCUAUCGCCUCUCGUCGUCUCAUCUCUCGCUUCAAGUCUGCGAGCUAUCUUAACCGUAGCAGUCAGAUUCGAGCAACGGCUUCCUGCGACUCUCAAUUCGUCGUCUCUGGAAGCGAAGACGCUUCCAUACACGUUUGGAGUCUUGCUGGCCAUGCACCUCUCCUGGCAUCGCUCUUCUCCGGCAUCAAAAGAAACAAGUCGAUCAAGUCCAGCAAGGGCUCGCCUGAUGUAAGAGAUCACUCGACUUGGCGCUCUUGGCAGGCUGGAUCAGGCAGUGUCCGCUGUGCUAUCUUUGCACCAGCCACAACGGCGCAGUUGUUGAGCUUGGCGGACGAUCCGCUUGAACAGCAGACGCAGACGGUAGCAGCGACGGUCAAGUCAAGAAUCAUUGUCUCGACUGAUGACUCGAACGCUAUUCGGGUCUGGCGAAGCGAUCCUCAAGGACGACUCAUCUAA